UAGCCCCCGAUGAUGGAAGGGACAGGUGGUGGAUGCUCGAAGGGCAAUAUGCCGUUGCCUUGCUAACAGCUUCGCUUGCACACAGUUCGAGACGUUUCCUCCACGUGUACCUCUCUGCAUAGCGUCUUAUCAAGUCUCACUUUCCGAUUGAUUCGUUUUUCCUUUUCCAGUUCGCUGUUCAGCCGCCUCGGUGCGACCACAGCCCACCAUGGUCCGCCUUCGAGAAAUACCCCGGACGGCAACAUUUGCUUGGUCGCCAGGACCAACUCAGCCUUUAAUCGCUACCGGCACCAAGUCUGGAGCCGUCGAUGCCGAUUUCUCAGGCGACACACAAUUGGAGCUCUGGGAGCUCAAGCUCGAUGAUACCGAGCACGGCGCGGAGCUCGAGCCUGUUGCUACGGUCAAUGUGGAUUCGAGAUUCAACGACAUUGCCUGGAGCCAGCCGAGCGAACAAUACCCCAGAGGGAUAAUAGCGGGGGCUCUCGACAGCGGCGCAUUGGUUCUUUGGGACGCGGAGAAGCUGCGGACAGGUGCAAGCGACGCCCAGAUCGAGCAGAUCGACAAGCACACCGGUCCCAUCCAGGCCCUCCAAUUCAAUCCCUACCGACCGAACAUUCUCGCCACCGCAGGCGCGAAGGGCGAGCUUUACAUCCACGAUCUCGAUGACCAAUCGAAGACUUUUCGCUUGGGCAAGCCUGGAGCGAACCCCGAUGAAUACACAACAUUAGAUUGGAACAAGAAGGUUGCCCACAUUUUGGCAACCGGAAGCAGCGGAGGCUUUGUCACUGUUUGGGAUGUCCGAGCGAAGAAGGAGACGCUCACAUUGAAUCAUUUCGGCAGGAAGAGCGUCAGUGCUGUGUCAUGGGAUCCCGAAGUCCCCACAAGGCUGGUCACUGCCAUUCCCAACGACCAGAAUCCCCUUGUUCUGGUCUGGGACCUCCGCAACACGAAUGCGCCCGAAAAGACACUCGAAGCGCACGAUCAGGGUGUACUCUCCCUCUCGUGGUGUACACAAGACAGCGACAUCCUACUGUCUUGCGGCAAGGACAACCGCACAAUUGCAUGGAACCCACACAGUGGCGAACAACUCGGCGAGUUCCCAGUUGUCACAAACUGGACGUUCCAGACUCGAUUCAACCCUUCGAACCCCAAUCUGCUCGCUACAGCAUCGUUUGACGGCAAGAUUGCUGUUCAGACCCUCCAAAACACUGGUGCUGCGACGGAGCAAACCAAGGCAGCUGCGCAGGUCCCUGAAGGCGAGGACUUCUUCUCGCAACCACGAGUGGAACCUCAGGGCGCAUCGUUCUCGCUCAAAACACCCCCGAAGUGGCUGAAGAGGAGGGCUGGUGUGGCUUUUGGUUUCGGCGGAAAGCUUGUACAAUUUGGUAUUCAUGAUUCCAAGUCGAAGGUCACUAUUUCUACAUUUGCUGUAGACUCGCAGAUCGGCGUCGCCAGCCAGGAAUUUGACAAGGCCCUGGAGCAAGGAGACCUCUCAGCCAUCUGCGAGAACAAGAUUUCCAAAGCAGCUACCGAGGAGGAGAAGGCCGACUGGACAGUCAUUAAGACCUUGACAUCAGACAGCCCCCGGUCUAAGCUUGUUGAGUACCUUGGGUUUGCGGACGUGAAAGAGGAAGAACCCGUCGAGGAGAGAAAAGAGGCCGAGACGAAUGGUGUUGAUGACGGCGCGUCGUUCUUCGACCAAUCUGGCUCAGACGAGGGCAACUUCUUAUCUGACCUUGCAGCAUCGAAGGGUGCAAAGACAAACAACCCCUUCCAAGUCUACACGGGCGAGGAGUCUGACGCUGAUAAAAAGAUUACCCGGGCUCUUAUGCUUGGUAACUUUGAAGCCGCUCUUGACGUCUGCCUAAAGGAGAACCGUCUUUCAGAUGCUUUCAUGAUUGCGAUCUGCGGUGGAGAAAAAUGUGUCGCAAAGACUCAAGCAGCGUACUUCAAGAAGCAGUCUGACGCUCCAAACUACCUCAGGCUGCUUGCCUCAGUAGUUGGCAAGAACCUCUGGGAUCUUGUAUACAAUGCCGAUCUUAAAGAUUGGAAAGAGGUCAUGGCUACUCUUGCGACUUUCGCGGACCAGUCCGAGUUCCCCGAUCUCUGUGAAGCGCUGGGUGAUCGUCUGGAGGAAGCCAUUUCGGACGAUGGUUCUUAUCGCAAGGACGCAUCCUUCUGUUACUUGGCUGGCUCCAAGCUCGAGAAGGUCGUUGUUAACUGGGCGCAAGAGCUUAAAGAGAAUGAAGCAGCUGGUCUGGAGAAAUCUGACGAGGACAACAGCUUCUCGAUUCACGCCAGAUCGCUGCAAGACUUUAUCGAGAAGGUCACAGUUUUCCGCAAGGUGACUAACUUUAAGGAUGCUGAGCAGCAGAAGGACACGGAUUGGAAGCUUGAGCCCCUGUACGCGAAGUAUGUCGAGUAUGCGGACAUCGCCUCCUCUCAUGGACAGCUUGCUAUCGCAGAGAAGUACCUCGACUUGUUACCCGCGAAGUACCCUGAAGCAGAUGUUGCCAAAGACCGGGUCAAGCGCGCUACACAGAAGGCUACAUCACAGCCGUCUGCUCAGCGCCAAGCUCAGCCUGCCGUGGGUGGUCGCAAUACACGCGUAGUCCCUACACCAACACCAGCUCAAACAACCGCCUCACCGUACGCGCCAUCUAACCCACUGUCGGCACCCGCACCAGCUGCGUCGCCUUACGCGCCUGUCAAUCCGCUUGGAGCGCAAGCUCAAGCUCAUGUACAGUCGCAAGGGCCAGCGCGCAACCCCUACCUUCCCACACCCCAGCCUUUCGCUCAACAGCAACCUUCUCAGCCUGCUACCCCGUAUGGCGGUUAUGGUCAGCCUCAGCAAACCUCGCUGCCCCCUCCUCCAAAGAGUUUCGGCCAGAUGCCUGCCACUUCCACCGUUCCCGCUGCCAUUCGUGGGCAUAUUCCUGCCUGGAAUGAUACCCCGGACUUUGGGAUGCCAAAGCCAGCGUCUCGCCGUAGCACACCUCUCAAUACCGUAGGCUCACCCUUCCCUAACCAGCAGGCAGCGUAUGGCGCGCCUCAGCAAGGCCCGCCGCAGGGACGACCGACGCCUCCUCCCCCACCGAAAGGUCCUCCUCAGGGCCCUCCUAGGAUGAUGUCGCCACUCCAGUCGGGCAGUUCUCCAUCUGCACCGAACCCUUACGCCCCAGUGCAACCUGCAGGCUUUGCAUCCCCUCCGCAACCGCCAGUACCACGUGGGACUUCACCGUACGUCCCACCUAGCUCGGCAGCACCGGCUUCGAACCGCUAUGCCCCUGCACCAGGUUCUCAGCCAUCUCCUGUGCCAGCAUAUGGAGGAAUGCCACCACCUCGGAAUAUUGCACCUCCACCUUCCCAGUUUACUCCUGCAGCUUCACCGUACGCUCCUGCUGCUUCGCCCUACGCUCCACCGAUGGCUCACCAAGCACCUCCGACAGCUACACCACCGCCACCCAGAGGUCCUCCCCAAGGUCCCCCCCAAGGUCCCCCUCAAGGCCCCCCCCGUCAAGGCCCCCCACCAGGCGGCCCGCCCCAGGCCGGACCACCGAGGCCGGAUUCCCGCUCUAGUCCCGCUCCGCCGCCAGCCGCUGCACCUGCAGCGGCCAAGCACCCUCGUGGUGACCGAUCGCACAUUCCCGCAAGUUCGCAGCCCGUUUUCGAUAUUUUGAAUGCGGACAUGCAGCGUGUCAAGGCGAAGGCCCCUGAGAAGUUUAAGGCGCAUGUGAUUGAUACAGAGAAGCGCCUGAACAUUCUGUUCGACCACCUCAACAACGAUGAUGUUAAGCCUGAUACCAUCCAACAGCUGACCGAGUUGGCAAACAACAUUCAAGCACGCCAAUAUGAUCAAGCUGGUGUGAUCUUCUCAGACAUCAUGACAAAUAAGACAGAUGAGGGCAGCGACUGGAUUGUCGGUAUCAAGAGGCUGUUGCAAUUCAGCAAGUCUACACCGCAGUAGAAGUCGAAGAUAGAUACACGAGUUACGGCCUGCGCCUAACGAAGUUUACAUGCUGGCACAGUGUAUGACGUAGACAGUAUCGAAAUAUAUUAUGAGUGUCCUUUCCACCAAAUCGCGAGUUAUUUCGCAGAAUGGCUUGCCGCAAGCGCUGGAUUCUCUCGGUAGCGGCGAGUUACGCAUGUUUGAAGGUUUGAUGCCGCUUUGCAAACUCCUCAGUAAGGAAGGUGGGACUGGUCGGCUGCAGAGUCGGGCAGACGGCCAAAGUCCCGUGGCCGCAGCAAUGGCACAGACUGCUGCCCAACUUAAAUCUAAACAUAUCGAGCUUUCAGCGAGCAAGCUCGAGUCACUUGCCAGAAAUAUGCCGACUCUUUCGAGACUUUCGCACCUGAGCUAAUACUUUUGAUGUGACUCAAUGAGAAGAGAAUGAGACUUGUCGUGUCGUGUGCCAGAAACCCAGGUAUCUGGUAAGCUAGCGGCUGUUAGAGCAGGAUCGCCGCUCC